GUCGUCUAGACCAGUCGCACGAGACACUAGUCACAUACGCAAAGGCACACUGCAUUGGUACAAUCUGUCAACAAAGCCCAGACUAUAAACAAUCGCGCUGUUUUCCGCCAGGAUUAGUGUAAAACUAAAAAUUUUAUUUUGGGAUGGAAUCUUGAGAUAUUGCAAGAUAAAACUAUGGAAAAGCCAGGUGUACCAUGCCGUUGUUCUAAGAGUAAGAACAGGUGUGUUGCUUGCAAACCUGGGCAGGCCCUUGAUCUCGAUGCAGCCCUGCAAGAACUGGGUGCCCUCAACGGGGCAACUGACAAGCAAGAAAACACCCUGAGACAUAGACGGCAAAAUGAGCCCAAAAUUUGCUUUGAGCAAAGUCCUCCAAUUUGGAUUAAUAGCUCUACCUCAAUUAGUACUAAUAAUGUUGUGCCUGCAUUUCCACUACGGGUGGAUACAGAGUACAUCAAAGACCCACCUCAACAACCACCAAACUCUCCAGUAUCUCCUCAGUUACCAUAUGAGCAAUUUAGAAUGAGGGAAGAUCCUCUACCCCUGAGAUGCGAAUGGGAUAAUCGUGGCCGUAGGGUUAGCAUGAAAGGGCGACAGCGCAUGCUUUCGGGACCGGAUAGUAGCAGUAGUCACAACGACCGAUAUUCUGAACGAAUGAGAGACCGAAGUAGUUGGUCACGACCAUAUCGCAUCCCUCGACCCAAGUUGCUCAACAUGGGCCACUGUUCCAGAAUACGGACCAUCAGUGCUUUAUUGCAUGAAGAGUCUGACGUCAGAUUACCCACAAUUAGAGAUACUAGUCCGGUCGCCAACACGGCCGAGCCAAGAUUGAGAGAUAUGAGCGAUGCUCUUAGGUGCAUGGCCAUUGGGGAAGGUCUCACGAAGACUAUAGAUAAUUCUGAAUGUAGUAUGAAUUUUCCUCGUUCCCGUUCGGCGGAGAACCUGGAACGCCGAGUGAUGGAUGUGGCAGCCACCACUUUAGAUGUCGUCUCAGAGAAAAUUGAAAAGCUUCAUGUGAAUUGAAGUGCUCGCUUACUACCUAUUCGUCCAAUCAACCGCCCCAAAAUCUCUUUGUAUCUCCCUUUUUUUUCUAUCUAUUUUCUCUUGUUUUGGCAUUUGCUGCUCAAAAUUGUUUUUUUUUUUUUUAUUUAUUUUUUUUUUUGCUAGGAAAAAAUACUGUUUACAAAAACUGCCAAAAAAAUUUACCAAUUAAAAUCUAACCACCUUUCUCUCGUGAAACGUUACCUGAUUUUUUCUCGGACUAGAUGACUAAAGCCGAAAUUUUUUCGGUUUUGCCGGUUUGAUUGUGAAACAAGAUUACGUGGCGAAUGGCUAAAUACCAACCAUCACUUGCAUUCCAUUCAUCAUUAAAUUGGCUGAUGGAAGCUCAUUCUUGCUCUCACAUUUGAACGGCGCCUUGUUUCUCCGACGUCCUUUUUGAAAUCGCUUCACUGUUUUUGUCUUUGCAAGGAGAAAAAGAGAAUGGUGGGUUUGGGGGAGCUAUUUAAAGUGGCGAAAAGAUGAGACGAAUAAUAGCAAAAAGGCCGUCUUUCAAUCUCUAUCUCUCCCUUCCUUGUAAAAGUAUUGUGGGAAUGACGUAAUACAGUUUCGACAUGUUUCUACUUGCUAAAGGCCGUUUGCUCCUCAAAGUACCUACUUUAGCACACAGCUGGAGUUAAUUGGGUCUUUUCAUAACAACAGUUCAGCUCUUUUCCAGCCCCGCAUUCACGUACCGACGCCGGCCGGGGCCACUGAGCUUAUUUCGUUUUCUUUGUGGGUUACGCUCCAAUGGCCGAGCGGAAAUUCAGCGUCGCAUUCGUGCCGAAUAUUUCCAAGGGUACCUGGAGUUGGAGAGCCUGUAUGUGUGCAACAUUGAUAAUUUUGCAAUUGACGGAAGAGAAUGUCGUGCGCGUUCUCGUUAACGGCGGACGUGACAGGUUUGCCCAUGGGGCAGGCUCCAGAAACCGUACUAUUUCAACCAAAAACCAAGGCGAAAGCGAAAAAGAAAAGAGAAGAAAAAAAAAUUGUCUAGUGAACAAGAAGUGCACCUGUCUGGUCAUCGGUUCCGGUUGGAUGUAGCCGCCUUAUACAACAUUCAGGCUGAUGAAAUCAAACGACAAAAAAUAUAUAUAUUGGCCAGUGGAUGAAUCAGUGAUGGAAGCGACGUGCGUAUACGAAUGAAUCGAGCAUCGACUCGAGGAAACAAUGGCAAAGAAGAAAAGGAAACCCGAAAGAGGCCAGCAGACAUUACCAAUGGGGGUGGGGUAAUUUUUUUUUUCGGACGUGUUGCCCGCUGGAGGAUGACGGAGGCUAUAAACUCGAUGGCGUCCGCUGGCUGGUAGCUCCAGUUGCGCUUUAGCAGCCACCUGUACCGGUACGACUCGUUCGAGCUCACGAAGGAGGAAGCCACUUCCUUAUCAACACCUUCCCCCCCCCGACUCUACGGUAUACCCAAGACCAGUCCAUCUGGUCCAGCUUCUAUUCAUCUUUCUAAGAGUGAAGUGGUCGUGCGACGAAAGAGGUCCAGCGCAACUAGCCAUUGUCCUAACGGGCUGCCCUCUCGAAUCGUGCGCAUUCGCCGCCCAGCCGCUUAAAGCUCCGCUUCUUUGACUUUAUUCGCUCAACAACUCGACAACAAAAUGCGCGAGGUGAUUUCUAUUCAUGUUGGCCAAGCCGGAGUCCAGAUGGGCAACUCUUGCUGGGAAUUGUAUUGCCUGGAACAUGGAAUCCGACCCGAUGGCAUUCUCUCUGAAUCCCGUCCACCUCAAGCGAGCGGCGGAAGUAAUUCGCCCAGCACGUUUGGAACGUUUUUCAGUGAGACGGCCAGCAAUAAACAAGUGCCGAGAGCGCUUUUCGUCGAUUUGGAACCGUCCGUCGUUGACACGGUUCGCACGGGCACCUACCGUCAGCUGUUCCAUCCGGAUCAAUUGAUAACGGGCAAGGAAGAUGCAGCCAAUAAUUACGCUCGAGGUCAUUACACGGUCGGUCGCGAGAUCGCCGAUGUUGUCUCGGAUCGCAUCCGCCGCCUGGUCGAAAAUUGCGUCGGCCUCCAGGGCUUUUUGGUCUUUCACUCGUUUGGAGGCGGAUCGGGAUCGGGAUUCACUUCGCUGCUGAUGGAACGCCUGUCGGUCGAUUACGGCAAAAAGAGUAAAUUGCAGUUUUGCGUCUAUCCCGCUCCUCAGGUAUCCACGGCCGUUGUUGAACCGUACAAUUCCAUCUUGACUACCCACACGACGCUGGAACAUUCGGAUUGCGCUUUUAUGGUGGAUAACGAAGCUAUUUACGACAUUUGCCGUCGUAAUUUGUCUAUUGAACGACCCACUUAUACCAAUUUGAACCGUUUGAUUGGUCAAAUUGUUUCCUCCAUUACGGCCUCGCUCCGUUUCGAAGGUGCUCUCAACGUCGAUUUAACCGAGUUCCAGACCAAUUUGGUGCCUUACCCGAGGAUUCAUUUUCCGUUGGUGACUUACGCCCCCAUGCUGUCGGCCGAAAAGGCCUAUCACGAACAAUUAAGCGUCGCUGAAAUCACGUCCGCUUGUUUCGAGCCCAACAACCAAAUGGUCAAGUGCGACCCUCGCAAAGGGAAAUACAUGGCCGUUUGUCUGCUGUACCGCGGUGACGUGGUGCCCAAAGACGUCAACGGCGCCAUCGCCUCGAUGAAAAGCAAACGAACAAUUCAAUUCGUCGAUUGGUGUCCCACCGGUUUCAAAGUGGGGAUCAAUUAUCAAGCGCCGACCAUCGUUCCGGGGGGCGAUUUGGCCGCUAUGCAACGGUCCGUCUGCAUGAUAUCCAACACCACUGCCAUUGUGGAGGCAUGGGGCCGGCUCAAUCACAAAUUCGAUUUACUUUACACCAAACGAGCCUUCGUUCACUGGUACGUGGGCGAAGGGAUGGAGGAGGGCGAGUUCUCGGAAGCCCGCGAAGAUUUGGCCGCUCUUGAAAAAGAUUACGAAGAAGUAGCCAUGGAGGACUUGUCCGACUCGGAUGGCGUCAUCGGCGAUGAAUAUUGACCGAGAUGAGAUGAAGAAAGAAGAAAAAAAAUAAUAAUAAAAUAUUUUGUUGGCGUUUAAUCUCUUUUUUUUUGUCCUUUUAUCUCUAUCAAUGGCCUACAUUUUUCAUUUCUGACAGAUGUGUUUUUUUUUUAAUUAUUUCUUUAAUCUUUGAAUUAAAUUUCCAUUGGCAGAUGUAAUGGCUUGUUCGUGUAUACCAAGUGUGUUUUUUUUCUUGGGUGGUCAUUAAACGAGAUUUUUUUGUCUAUUGUCACCGA